GCCGGCUUGUCAGUGCGCCUGCGCGGGUUAAACCUCAGUCAUACCGUGUGUCCCGGGCGCCGCCGGCGGAGUCUCCUUAGGACACGGUUUGCGCUGUGCUUGGAGCCCGAGGCCGGACUUGCAGCCAUGGCACAGAUAUUGCCUAUUCGGUUUCAGGAGCACUUUCAGCUCCAGAAUCUUGGAAUCAAUCCAGCCAACAUUGGCUUCAGCACUCUAACCAUGGAGUCUGAUAAGUUUAUCUGUAUACGAGAGAAAGUCGGAGAACAGGCUCAGGUGGUCAUCAUUGACAUGGCCGAUCCCAAUGUUCCAUUAAGACGUCCAAUAUCUGCUGAAAGUGCCAUCAUGAAUCCAACUUCCAAAGUCAUUGCUCUGAAAGCUGGAAAAACCCUCCAAAUCUUUAACAUUGAAAUGAAGAGUAAGAUGAAGGCUCACACAAUGUCUGAGGAGGUUAUCUUUUGGAAGUGGAUAUCUGUGAACACUGUGGCUCUGGUGACUGAGACUGCCGUCUACCAUUGGAGUAUGGAAGGAGACUCUCAGCCGCAGAAAAUGUUUGAUCGCCAUGCAAGUCUUGCUGGCUGUCAGAUCAUUAACUACAGGACAGACGAGCAACAGAAGUGGCUUCUUCUUAUUGGCAUCUCUGCUCAGCAAAACCGUGUGGUGGGUGCAAUGCAGCUCUAUUCUGUGGACAGGAAGGUUUCGCAGCCAAUAGAGGGCCACGCUGCAGCUUUUGCUGAAUUCAAAAUUGAAAGAAAUACAAAACCCUCAACUCUUUUCUGUUUUGCUGUCCGUGGUCAGGCAGGUGGCAAGCUGCACAUUAUAGAGGUUGGACAGCCUGCCAAUGGAAACCAGCCUUUUGCAAAGAAAGCUGUGGAUGUCUUCUUUCCUCCUGAAGCUCAGACAGACUUCCCUGUUGCUAUGCAGAUUGGAGCUAAACAUGGUGUAAUCUAUUUAAUCACCAAAUAUGGCUACAUCCACUUAUAUGAUCUAGAGUCUGGUGCCUGCAUUUACAUGAACCGCAUCAGUGCUGAUACCAUCUUUGUUACUGCUCCUUACGAACCUACCUCUGGAAUCAUUGGUGUGAAUAAGAAAGGACAGGUCCUAUCAGUUUGUGUUGAAGAAGACAACAUUGUGAACUAUGCUACAAAUGUCCUACAGAAUCCUGACCUGGGACUCCGAAUGGCUGUCAGAAGCAACUUAGCAGGGGCUGAAGAGCUUUUUGCACGUAAAUUUAACACAUUGUUUGCCCAAGGGAGUUAUUCUGAAUCUGCUAAGGUGGCUGCAUCUGCUCCAAAGGGAAUCCUGCGUACUGCAGAUACCAUUAGGAAGUUCCAGAGUGUACCAGCUCAACCCGGACAAGCCUCCCCUUUGCUUCAGUAUUUUGGGAUUCUGUUAGAUCAGGGUCAGCUGAAUAAGUUGGAGUCUUUAGAACUGUGCAGGCCGGUCCUGCAGCAAGGGCGCAAGCAGCUCUUGGAAAAGUGGUUGAAAGAAGAUAAGCUGGAGUGCUCUGAGGAGCUGGGAGACUUGGUUAAGGCUGUGGACCCAACACUUGCGCUUAGUGUUUACCUGCGUGCUAGUGUGCCAAACAAAGUUAUUCAGUGCUUUGCAGAAACUGGACAGUUCCAGAAGAUCGUCCUUUAUGCCAAAAAAGUUGGAUACACACCUGAUUGGAUCUUUUUACUUCGGAGUGUUAUGCGAAUCAGCCCAGAUCAGGGACUGCAAUUUUCCCAAAUGCUUGUACAGGAUGAGGAGCCCUUGGCCAAUAUUAACCAGAUUGUGGAUGUCUUCAUGGAAAACAGCCUUAUACAACAAUGUACAUCAUUCCUGCUUGAUGCUUUGAAGAACAAUAGGCCCGCAGAGGGCCAUCUGCAGACUCGCCUCCUGGAGAUGAAUCUGAUUCAUGCUCCACAGGUUGCAGAUGCAAUACUUGGUAACCAAAUGUUUACUCAUUAUGACCGGGCCCACAUUGCCCAGCUGUGUGAGAAAGCAGGACUGCUGCAGAGAGCCCUGGAGCAUUAUACAGACUUGUAUGAUAUCAAGCGGGCUGUAGUACACACACACCUUCUAAACCCAGAAUGGCUGGUAAAUUUCUUUGGCUCACUGUCGGUGGAAGACUCAGUAGAGUGUUUACGGGCUAUGCUGUCUGCCAACAUCCGACAGAACCUACAGCUCUGUGUCCAGGUGGCAUCCAAGUACCAUGAACAGUUGGGUACUCAAUCAUUGGUUGAACUGUUUGAGUCUUUCAAGAGUUAUGAAGGACUUUUCUACUUUCUGGGAUCUAUUGUCAAUUUUAGUCAAGACCCUGAUGUGCACUUUAAAUACAUCCAGGCAGCUUGUAAGACUGGCCAAAUAAAAGAAGUUGAGCGAAUAUGUAGGGAAAGCAACUGCUACAACCCAGAACGUGUCAAGAACUUCCUCAAGGAGGCAAAACUUACAGACCAGCUUCCACUGAUAAUUGUCUGUGACCGCUUCGACUUUGUCCAUGACUUGGUGUUAUAUCUGUACCGAAACAACCUCCAAAAGUACAUUGAAAUCUAUGUGCAAAAGGUUAAUCCCAGUCGCAUCCCAGCAGUGGUGGGAGGCUUGUUAGAUGUGGACUGCUCAGAAGAUGUAAUUAAGAAUCUCAUCAUGGUUGUACAUGGCCAAUUCUCUACUGAUGAGCUUGUAGCCGAAGUAGAGAAGCGAAACAGGUUAAAGCUGCUUUUACCAUGGCUGGAAUCCAGAAUCCAUGAAGGAUGCGAAGAACCCGCAACACACAAUGCUUUGGCCAAGAUCUAUAUUGACAGCAACAACAACCCCGAACGCUUCCUGCGGGAAAAUCCUUUCUAUGACAGCUGUGUAGUGGGCAAGUACUGUGAAAAGAGGGACCCGCACCUGGCUUGUGUAGCUUAUGAGAGGGGCCAGUGUGACCUGGAGCUUAUUAUGGUGUGCAAUGAAAAUUCCCUAUUCAAGAGUGAAGCACGUUACCUUGUACGGAGAAAAGAUGCAGAUCUGUGGGCCAGUGUGCUGGAGGAAAACAAUCCAUUCAGGCGACAGCUGAUAGAUCAAGUUGUCCAGACUGCUUUAUCAGAAACUCAGGACCCCGAAGAGGUGUCUGUGACUGUGAAGGCCUUCAUGACUGCUGAUCUCCCAAAUGAGCUCAUUGAACUUUUAGAGAAGAUUGUACUUGACAACUCUGUUUUUAGUGAGCACAGAAAUCUGCAAAAUUUGCUCAUACUGACAGCUAUUAAAGCUGACCGCACACGAGUAAUGGAAUACAUCAACCGCUUAGAUAACUAUGAUGCACCAGACAUUGCUAAUAUUGCCAUUAGCAAUCAGCUGUUUGAGGAGGCCUUUGCCAUAUUUCGGAAAUUUGAUGUAAAUACAUCUGCUAUACAGGUGUUAAUUGAACACAUUGGAAAUCUGGAUCGUGCUUAUGAAUUUGCAGAGAGAUGUAAUGAACCUGCUGUGUGGAGCCAACUGGGCAGAGCUCAGCUACAGAAAGACUUAGUAAAGGAAGCUAUUGACUCCUACAUUAAAGCUGAUGACCCCUCGGCUUACAUGGAAGUGGUGCAGGCAGCAAGCAAAAACAGUAACUGGGAGGACCUAGUAAAGUUCUUACAGAUGGCACGAAAAAAGGCUAGGGAGUCCUAUGUUGAGACUGAACUCAUAUUUGCUUUGGCUAAAACAAAUCGCUUGUCAGAGCUGGAAGAAUUUGUCAGUGGUCCUAACAAUGCGCACAUCCAACAGGUGGGAGAUCGCUGUUAUGAUGAGGGCAUGUAUGAUGCUGCCAAACUUCUUUAUAACAAUGUAUCAAACUUUGCACGGUUGGCGUCCACCUUAGUGCAUCUUGGAGAGUAUCAGGCUGCUGUGGAUAGUGCGCGGAAGGCCAAUAGCACCCGCACAUGGAAAGAAGUGUGCUUUGCUUGUGUGGAUGGCACAGAGUUUCGCCUUGCCCAGAUAUGUGGCCUGCAUAUUGUGAUCCAUGCCGAUGAACUAGAGGAACUUAUCACCUAUUACCAGGAUUGGGGAUAUUUUGAAGAGCUUAUUGCCCUCCUUGAAGCUGCCCUAGGUUUGGAGCGUGCUCAUAUGGGCAUGUUCACAGAACUUGCCAUUCUUUACUCCAAGUUUAAACCACAGAAAAUGCGUGAACAUUUAGAAUUGUUUUGGUCCAGAGUCAACAUCCCCAAGGUGUUGCGUGCAGCAGAACAGGCCCAUCUGUGGGGUGAAUUAGUCUUCCUAUACGAUAAGUAUGAAGAGUAUGACAAUGCUAUUAUCACCAUGAUGAGCCAUCCUACCAAUGCUUGGAAAGAAGGACAGUUUAAAGACAUUGUCACCAAGGUAGCCAAUGUGGAAUUGUAUUACAAAGCACUCCAGUUCUACUUGGAGUACAAACCUCUUCUGAUGAAUGACCUUCUUCUUGUCCUGUCUCCACGCUUGGAUCACACACGAACAGUGAACUUCUUCUCCAAGAUGAAACAGUUGCCGCUGGUUAAACCAUACUUGCGCUCUGUUCAAAAUCACAACAACAAGUCCGUCAAUGAGGCUCUUAACAACCUUCUGACAGAGGAGGAGGAUUACCAGGGCUUAAGGGCAUCCAUUGAUGCGUAUGAUAACUUUGAUAACAUCAGCCUAGCACAACGCUUGGAGAAACAUGAGCUGAUUGAGUUCCGCAGGAUUGCUGCCUAUCUGUACAAGGGCAAUAACCGUUGGAAGCAGAGUGUAGAGCUGUGCAAAAAGGACCGCUUGUAUAAGGAUGCAAUGUUAUAUGCUGCAGAGUCAAAAGAUACAGAACUGGCAGAGAAGCUGCUUCAGUGGUUUCUGGAGGAGGGAAAGCAAGAGUGUUUUGCAGCGACGCUUUUCACCUGCUAUGACCUGCUACAUCCAGACACUGUAUUAGAGUUGGCCUGGAGACACAACAUUAUGGACUUUGCCAUGCCUUACUUUAUCCAAGUCAUAAGAGAGUACUUAACCAAAGUGGACAAGCUUCACGCUGCCGAGAGUUUGAGAAAGGAAGAGGAACAAGUUACGGAACCAACUCCCAUUGUAUUUGGUCAACAACUGAUGCUUACUGCAGGCCCUAGCGGUGUGGUGCCCCCUCAGCCUGGCUUCGCUUAUGGAUACACAGCACCGCCAACAUUUACUCAGCCUCCCCCUUCUGUUUCUCCUGGCUAUGGGUUCAACAUGUAACAAAGCAGUAUUAUUUUUUUUCCCCAUAUGUAAUACACCUGGAGAGACAGUUUAGCCCACACUUCAGGAGAUGACUGUAGUUCAUCUUGGACACCGUUAUUUAUUACAUUUGCUCUACAGACUUACCUGGGGCAGGCAGCUUUUCAGCCAUUCACUACCAUAGUUCACAAAAUUGUGUUAUUUUCUGUAUGGAGGGAAUGGCCUGAAGCUGCGGUCAUGGCUAUUACACGUGCUAACGGAGCAACCAUUAUGUACUGUAUAUCGCUCAACACAAAACAUGGCAGCUCAUGUUCGUGCACAAGCCCUUGCCAAUCGCUGCAUCAUGAAUCCACCUUAAGUGGUCAAAUGGACAGUCAUGCCAGAUGCAUAGCCCUUUUUUCUUCCAUCUGUCUUUUUCUCCAGAAGCUGGAGUCUCAUCUGGUAUAACAAACUUUUAUUCACAAACGCGAAACAUUGUUACAUCUUACCCACUGUUUUGUGCUGUUAUUAAAAGAGGGGGGGUGGGGGGUGGGUUGUUAAAAACAGUACUGUUUAGGAAACAUAACAAUGUUUAAAGCUUGUACAGGUAGCCAUAUGUUAGACUGGCAUUGCUUGUGUUGCAAUUUUGGCCUGCUACAAUACAUAUGAUAUAAAAUACAGUAAAAGUAUAAACCUAUUUAAACAAAUUCUUCCCUUUUUGUGUUUGCUCAGAAUGGUUACAAUAGAAAGCCAAUAUUUUCCUGAUGUCAUUACCUCGAUAGCAAUACUACAUUACAUGGCAAUGUGUUAUGGUCUCCUUAUAGCAACUGUAGGGUUAACUUUCAUGCAGGUGAGAAUAAGCAGUCCAGUUUAGCUGUUCGGGUUAAUGUUUACUCCAGUUACCAUAUUAUUCUGCACAAAAGUUGAUACAAGGUCAUUGUACAGAGACUGUGUAAUGUUGGUGUCAGCCAUAAUUGUGAAUGCUAUUGUCUCCUAACCUGUGUGCUGCUGAGAACAUGUUUCUCUACACAGUUUUUAUGGAAAUUAAUUUAUUUACUUCACAUAUGUACAUUUGUUGCAGUACAUAACAUUUUCUUUGCUUUGUUUGUUUUUAAAGGGACCCUGUCACAAAAACUAAGUGAUCGGUGUAUAGGCUAAAAUAAACGGAUUCAGAAUCCGUCCUUUUUAUCAUUUUACUCCCUUACAAGCCUGCAAAUUGAGAGGACUGCUAAGCUCAGCAAUAUAAUGAAGAGGACUACUUAGACUCCUGCAUUUGAAGUCUUAGGCUUAGUUCACAGCAAAAAAUUCUGUGCAUAUUCUAUUUUAAAUGCUGAUUUUCUGCAAAAAUCUGUAAAAUAUGGUCACAAUAUAAAAAUGAGCCUGCAUUUUUCAGAAAUAUCUGCACACAAAAUGAAAUAAGUGAAUAUUUCUCAUUCAGCUCCAUUGGGGGACACAGGAACCGUGGGUAUAUCCAUUAGGAGGCUGACACUAGGCAUAACAAAAAAGGUUUGCUCCUCCCAGCAGGAUAUAUCCCACCUACUGACUUAGAGACUGUGUGAACCCAGCUUUAUGGGGGCAGGGGGAUGGGUUGUAAAUAAGUAUAAAGAUGCCAAUGUCAGAUUCAUCAUCUUUUGAUCUACUUACUGAUUACUGUACUUUGGGGGGAUGCAAAGGUCCCUUUAACUCCCUGAGGUUGUUAAAAUGAGGCCUUGGAGACAUAAGCAUGCUCUUUACACAUCCGGUCUUACCUUAUAGUUACACACACAUAGCAACAGCGAAACAGUGCUCUUUGUCAUUUGUGACAUACAUGUCUUUCUCCGCAUGUGUGAGCUGUAUUGAAGGUGAUGUAGAGACCAUUUAGAGACUGUUAAAUAUUUUUC